AUGUGGACACCUGGGCAAUGGUUGAGACCAAGCAGUGGAAGUUCUCAGGAAGAAGGAGCAGAGAGUUUGGAUGCAGUGGUUCCCAUGUAUAAUGGAGCUAUGGCCAAUUUAUCAACAAAGACCAAAGUUGGAAACAUCAAUCCAUUAACAUUUCAGCUGAAAUCUACCUGGGAUGAAGCCACAGAGAGUGAUAAGUAAAUAUGCAUUGACCGCGCAAUAGAAGGUUGCAGUGUUGUGUGUAACAUUAUCGCUCCAAAUACCGGGGAGAGACUCUUAGAAUCAUGCGCUCAGAUUCCUGAGCACGAGAGUAUCUCUGAAGAUCUAGUAUCCCUUAUGCAAGCAUAAAAGAAUGCACCUACCAAAAACCUUAAGACCCAAAUUCUUAGUAUUUUUGCUUACCGCUUCUCAGUUAAGAAGCUUCAAAAGCUGCAUGAGCCUUAUGAACAUCUGACGACUUGGCAAGUAAAGAGAGCAAGAGCACAUGCUCAAAAUGCUGGACCUGGCUGGACUGUUGAAAAGUCUCCAUCGUUUCGCGUGCGAUUGGACAAGGUAUUGGUUGAUCACUUUGUGGAUUUCAUAAAUAGACCCUAUUUCUAUCAGGACGUAGCAUAUGGAAUCAGAAAAAUCCAACUUGAUAGCGGCGAGAAGCUUUCUAUGCCAAAUGUGAUUCGAACUGUCACACGUUCGACCAUGGUAAAACAGUAUCUCCAGUUUUGUAAAGAAGAAAAUGCGACGUCGCUAAGCCGUGCAACUUUAUUCCGUAUUCUCCAAGUCAGGGAAUCCUCCCAACAAAAGUACUUAAGCGGAAUUGACAACAUUGCAGCUGAUGGAUCAUCAGGUUUCGAGCAAAUGGUUAAAAUAGUCGAAGAGCUUGAACAGCUGGGUAAAGGCAAGAAAUGGUGCGAAGCGACAAGAAAAACCAUCCAUGAGGGAAAGCGAUAUUUGAAGACAGGAUAUCGCAGUCAUUGUCAACAAAGUGAAAGUUCCUGUGCAGACCACUGCCGUAAAUUUUCUCUCAGUGACCCAGACAACUCAGAACUUCAAGAGAGGUGUACGCAUGACCACACAAGUACCUGUAGCCAGUGUGAAGGUAUCAAGGUAUGUCUUAUCAACAUAGAAGAAGCUAUUGAAGACAAACAAGUCAAAAUGUACAGCGAUGAGCAAAGAGGAGACUUUCUUUACGAUUUCAAGAAAGCUGAAAAAGCCAUCAACCAAUGGAAGAAUCAUAUGAGAUCUGCGAACCAAGAACGAGCAAAGCAAGAUGUUUUAAAUCAGUUGGACAGUAGCUCCAAGUUAUUGUGAUGGAUUGGGCUAUGAAGUUCUUGCAGCUUCGAUACCGCGAGAAACAAACUGACUGGUAUGGUAAAAGAGGUCUUAGUUGGCAUGUCACCAGUGUCAUCUCGCACGAUAAAGUAUCUGGCAAGAUCAGUGUUAGCUCGUAUACUCAUAUAUUUGAUCAGUGUGCACAAGACUGGUAUACAAUUGCAUCCAUAAUCGAGCAUCUCCUUCUGCAUCUCAAACAGCAAGAUCCCCAGUUUGAGAAGGCUUACCUGCGAUCAGACGAGGCCGGUUGCUAUCACAACAACUGUUUAAUUGCCGCAGUGAAAGAUAUCGCAGACAGAGUUGGAAUCAAAGUCAUGAGCUACGAUUAUUCUGAACCCCAAAGUGGCAAGGAUGUGUGCGACCGUAUCAUCUGUCCAAUGAAGAAUUCCAUUUGCACAUAUGCAAAUGAAGGUCACGACAUUCUUACUGCAUCUGAUAUAAAGAAAUCGCUUCAGCAACAUCCAGUAAGAGGAACAUCAGCUUCUGUAAAUAAUGUUGAUGAGUCAAAAAAAGACCUGGUUAUAAUUGGACGGAUUUGCAAGCUUUCAUAACUUUCAGUUUAAAGAUGAUGGCAUAAAGGUUUCGAAGGCAUAUGGCAUUGGAAACGGAAAGCUGAUUGGUUAUGACAAAGUCUAUCAACAACAUCAAGGGCCAACAACACUUAUUACCCAAGAAGAAGGUGAAGGUUUCUUCGUGCCUCCACAAAAGGCGAAGUGUUGGGAUCGAAAAGAAAGUGCACUACCAAGUACAGAAAUAUUUGGUCAAGAUGAACAAGUACAUAUCUUUGAAUGCUCCUUUCCUGGAUGUUCAAAAGUGUUUCGUGAAUUCUCGGAUCUAGAGCUACACCUUAAUGCUGAUGAGCAUACAACCACGAAACAAGAGAGCAUAUACAACAAGAUUAAACGAGAUUGGGUGUUGAAGUUUGCAAGUGUUGACGUGGUUCAAGAAGCUACUGCCGAGGAUGCCUUAGUUUCAACCUCUGCGGAAAAAUCAAAACGAAAUCUAGAAAUGGGUUGGGCGAUUAACAAGCUAACGUCUGGUUCCAAGCGUUUCUCUCCUAAAGUCAAAGAAUAUUUAACAAGAAUUUUUCUACUUGGUGAAAAGACCGGACGCAAGGCAGACCUUGAGCAAGUUGAAAAGGACAUGAGGAACUCUAGAAACACAUCCGACGAUCGUCAGUUCAGUCGCAACGAAUGGUUGACAAAAACACAAAUCAAGGGUUUCUUUUCUCGACUUGCAGCAAAACAGCGCAAGCAGCAUGGGUUACUGGUCGGGUUUUCAAGUGACAACGAAGAAGAUGUUGAAUGUUUGUUAGAGGACACGGAAAGACGCGGUUUGGUGAAUGAGAUUCAUGAUGAAAUCGGGCUGAAGCACCCCAUAACGUAUGACAUGUAUGACAUUUGUGAUUAUUAUCACCAAGACAAGUUGUCCACUUUCAACGUUCCAAUGCUCAAAUGA